ACCUCCGGAGCGAUGGCGGAAGGGGAUAAUCGCAGCACCAACCUGCUGGCUGCAGAGACUGCAAGUCUGGAAGAGCAGCUGCAAGGAUGGGGAGAAGUGAUGCUCAUGGCAGAUAAAGUCCUUCGAUGGGAAAGAGCCAGGUUUCCACCUGCCAUCAUGGGUGUGGUUUCUUUGGUGUUUCUGACUAUCUACUAUCUAGAUCCAUCCGUUCUGUCAGGUGUUUCCUGUUUUGUUAUGUUUUUGUGCUUGGCUGACUACCUUGUUCCCAUUCUAGCGCCUAGAAUUUUUGGCUCCAAUAAAUGGACCACUGAGCAACAGCAAAGAUUCCAUGAAAUUUGCAGCAAUCUAGUAAAAACUCGACGCAGAGCUGUGGGCUGGUGGAAAAGCCUCUUUACGCUAAAGGAAGAAAAGCCUAAAAUGUACUUCAUGACCAUGAUCAUUUCUCUUGCUGCGGUUGCCUGGGUGGGACAGCAAGUCCACAGCCUCCUUCUCACCUACCUGAUAGUGACUUUCUUACUCUUGCUUCCUGGACUAAACCAACAUGGAAUCAUUUCGAAGUACAUUGGAAUGGCCAAAAGAGAGAUAAACAAGCUUCUCAAACAAAAAGGAAAGAAAAAUGAAUAAUGCAUCUGCUUUAUUCAGUGUGAUGAAUGGCAUGUACAUUGUCUUUGGGAACAGUGUCUGUUUUGCUGUCUGGAUACUAAAACGUUGCAGAAGUAGCUCUUUGCUGUCCCUUACUCUGCCUUUA